UCGAGGAGCGGAGGACACCGAAAACAGUGCUGUGGUGAAGCUGUCAGUUUUGUUUUUCUGUCUUACAAUGGAAACGUCUUCGGGACAUUGUUUGAAGAAGUUCGUCAACGAGCGUCUAACAGCUGCUGCCGAGGAAAUCUUUGGAAUGUUUGAAAAGACUUUAUUAGUAUACAAAGAGGAAAUCCUUCGUCACCGCAGACUGUUGGACGGACUGACGCCUGACACGAAACUUCGGAGCACAGCUCUCCCACAGCCGUCAGUCUGUAAGGAAGAAGUUUUUCUUGACCUGCAGCAGUGUGACUCGGAGAAGAGCGUCGGCCCGGACCAAGAGGACUCCAAACCUCCACUGAUUAAAGUGGAAGUGGAGGAAGUCUGCACCGAUGAGGACGAACAGGAGACUGAAGUCUAUAAGUUGAGACCUGGUUUGGAUGGAAGUGACCACAGUGAAAAUCUGACUCUACAUUUGGAUCAGAGUCGGAGUGCACCAGAGGGAGAACCUCAGACCAGCACCAGCACUCCAGAUGAGGGGAUGCAAUCUGACUCAGAAAGUAAGGAAAGAAAGAGCUCUGUAGACACAGAUCCAGAGAGGGACAACGACCAGCAUGCCAGAACAGGCGGGGCGCAGUGCGUGUGCACCAUCUGCGGGAAAAGUUUCAAAAUAAGGAAAUACCUACAAAUACAUAGGAAAAUUCACACAGGCGUGAAGCCUCACAGCUGCAAGUACUGCGGGAGGGAGUUUGUGUGUGGCUCAUCUUUGAAGAGGCAUCUGCGAGUGCACACAGGGGAGAAGCCUUAUGAAUGUCGUCUGUGUGGGAAAAGAUUUCGUGUCAGCACAACGUUGAGAGUCCACUACAGAAUCCACACGGGUGAAAAGCCUUUUAAAUGCGAAACUUGCGAGAGAGAGUUCACCACCAGCUCAAACCUGAAGCAGCACAUGGCUCUACACUCUUAAGUUGGCUUGAAUAGAUGUCAUGUUGGAAAUUCUAAUAAAUGUUCUAUUCAAAAAUGUUUAUUAGGUAUUGUUAAAGAUUAAUAAACAUUGAGUGUCCUUAAAAAGCUUGAGUUAGUUUGACACACAAUCAUUAAGUGUCCAAUUAGACUUGUUAAAUAAAUGUGCUAAUAUUCUUUGAGUUUAUAAGAUGAAAUAAAGAUAAAAGCUUUGAGGAUUGAGCAGUAUUUUCAACUACAUGUAACCAUUCCAUGUAACUUGACCUAAUUUCUAUCUAUCUAAAUCCAUCUAAUUUUGUAAAAAUGCAUUUUGCCAAUGUUAGAUGUUUGGUUUCAAGCCUGUAACAGUACAGAAAUCUGCAGAAAAUAAAUUAGCAGCUGUUUUGAUAAUUAAUCAAUGAAGUCACUUUUAAAGCAUAAUUACAGAACAGUAGCUGGAACCAUUUUAUCCAUUGUUAGGAUUUGUUUCUUGGAGGACAUGACAAAAAAUGUUAAGUUGAUCUGGUAUCAUUAGACUUGUUUACAUUUUAUACAUUACAUGUGCUAUAUGUAAAAAAUAAGUAUUAAUCAAAAAAGGCUCUUAUAUAUAAAGUUCACUAAAAAUGUCAUAUGUGACAAAUCUGUCUUUAUCUCCUUGAUUAAAGAAAACUAGACAUCUUUGUGGUUUUCUGAGGAUUAAGCUGUGUGUUCUGGGGGAUUCAUGACUUAUUGCUAACGUCCUCUCUAUGGCUCUCCUGUGGAGAGAUAUUUGAAAUAAUUAAAAAAAAAAUGUAAAUCUACGUUUUCUUUAAAUAUUGAUUUUCCUUUUAUCUGUUAAAUAAAGGCAGUUGAUAACACUAUAA